AUGAAAAGCAAACUACGAAAUAUUCUUUUAUUAGAUAUUCCUUUAUUAAGCUAUUCAUUUGCCGGCGGAGCCAAAGGGCAAGACUUUAACCAAAUUUUUUACCAAACUGCGGACACGGUACUCCAUACUGCUUUGGCAAUUAGUUUUCUUCAAAGAAACGAAAACAAAAAAGGCAUUUUCAUUCUCUUAGGAGCAAUUAUUUUUACCCUGCUAUUUGUUAUUUUCUUACAACAAUUAUUAGUGAAAAAGGAAAAAAGAUUUAAAAAAUCCUUAGACCAAGAAAGCCGAAAAAUUGAUAAUUUACUAGACAAUAUUGAAUUACUGAAAAAAAAAGAAUUAAGUCCAGUUUUUUUAAAGGAAGUUAACCAAACAAUGCGUAAAAAUACCAAAAAAAGAGAAAAAGAUAAAUUUUUAAUUGUUGCCAAUGGGGUUUACCCUAAUUAUCUCUUGCCGCGAGCAAUCGGGAUGAUUUUGUUUGCUUUCACUCUGGAUUUUCAAGCCACAAUAGCCACUGACAAUGCUCUUAAACAACUAAAAAGCGUUUUGGUGGCAAUGCGUGGCCUGCCAACUGUUUUGGCUUCUAGCCACCGCUUGGCUAAUUAUUACCAAACAACUAAAUUGCCAGUAAAAGAAAAAACUCCCAAAAUUUGCUUGGUGGAGCCAAUUGAAAAAAUUGAAUUACGCAAUGUCUACUUCCGUUAUCCUAGUCAAAAAAAAUAUCUUUUACAAAAUUACAACCAAGAGUUCGUGGUCGGGAAAAUCACCAAAAUUGAAGGACGAAAUGGCUUUGGCAAAUCUACGAUUAUUUUACUUAUUUUAGGACUGCUCAAACCCCAAAAAGGAAAAAUCAUUAUUAAUAAUCACUACGAUUUAAAAAAAAUAAACUUAGUUCAUUGGCGCAAGCAAAUUGCUUAUGUCUCUAAUCAGACUUUACUGAAAGAAGGUUCCGAAGGAGAAAAACAAAUCCAAGAAUUAGAAGAUGCUCUGCUGAAAGGCAACUACAACUCUGUUGACCCACAAAGACAAAGCCAGGUUUUAAUUUUAGACGAGGCUUGGAACUCGUUGGAUAAAAGUAAUCGCGACCAAUGGAAAAAAAAAGUCGAAAAUUUAACCAUUCAUCACGCAAAAAUUACCAUUGUUGUUGAACAUUAA